AUGGCGAAAAAUAGCUCUCUGCUGUCGCCAGACCUGCCACUUAUCAUUUUGCAAAUCUUUUGUAAAAUGAUAAGUGGCAAAAUAUGUAGAUCCUCCAGUGCCAAAUUGGGUCUGUUGAGAGCCGUGUGCGAGUUGCUGAUGUACUUGAACCACGCCAUCAACUUCUACCUCUACUGUUCAACCGGAGACAAGUUCAGGAAGGAAUUCUGUCGAGUUUUUACCUCGAAAAGUGGCAACAGAGGCCAAAACAACAGAUGCGGAAGUUGUUCCUCCUGCUGCUGGCCGUCAGAUCAACGUCGAUGUGACGUCACAAAAAAUGGUGGGUUGAACAUGAAAAGUGGAUUCCACUCGAGAUCUUUGGCUAACGAAACAAAAAGACCAGUGAAGCAAGCAGAGAACGAUGGAUUGGUGGGUGGUCACAAAAGUGCAUUCAAUGCAGGAGAAGCCUCAGAUUUGCUAGUUUGA